AUGCCGCCUCCGUCAGCUCCAUUAUCGACCAAGCUCAAGGUCCAGCUCAAGCUCUCCGUCGCCCGCCUAAAGAUGGUCCAGUCCCGCGACGCCUCCUCACCAAAUCCUCCCACCGCACCGUCGCCCAGCUCCUCGAGGCCCGCAAACCCGACAGCGCCCGCAUCCGCGUCGAGUCCAUCAUCCGCGCCGACAUCCUCACCGAGCUCCACGAGAUCCUCGAGCUCUACUGCGAGCUCCUCCUCGCCCGCUUCGGUCUACUCGACGCCUCCGGCAUCACUAGCCCCGGCUCCCCCACGGCCACGGCAACCACGGCAACGCCGCCGCCGCCCCGUCUGCGACCCGGGCCUCGAAGAGGCCGUCAAGAGCCUCAUCUACGCCGCGACCCGCACCGAGAUCAAGGAGCUCCUCGUCCUGAGGACCCUGUUUGGCGAAAAGUUUGGCAAGGAUUUCCUCAUCAAGGCCGGCGACGGCGUCGCGGGCGGCCUGGUGGACGGCUACCUCGAGGAAAUCGCCCGGGCCUACAACGUCGACUGGCCCCACGGCCGGCUAUCCGCCCCCGAGCAGACCGAGGAGGAUGACUUUGACCUGCUCAUCGACGUAGACGACGACGACGAUGGCGCGGGCGACGAAGGCGGCGGCGGUGGCGGCGCGAACGACCUGGCCGACCUCGAGCUUCUCAGUGACUCGUCUCCAGCCAAGUCCCCCGAUGCCGCUUCCCCUCCCCGGCCCCGGCCCCGGCCCCCGACCUUCCCUUCAGAAGACGUUACCACCCUCGCCCAAAGCUCCACCUAA